AUGUGGAUGAACGUGUAUGGGAGGUGGAUGGAGGUGGAUGGGAGAUGGAUGGUCGUGCAUGGGAGGUGGAUGGACGUGAAUGGGAGGUGGAUGGACGUGUAUUGGAGGUGGAUGGACGUGUAUGGGAGGUGGAUGGACGUGUAUGGGAGGUGGAUGAACGUGUAUGGGAGGUGGAUGGAGGUGGAUGGGAGGAGGUGGAUGGACGUGUAUGGGAGGUGGAUGGAGGUGUGUGGGAGGUGGAUGAACGUGUAUGGGAGGUGA